CUGGCAUCCGGGUUUCAUACUUUCAUAGCCUGAAGUUUUCACGUUUUAUUCUCUUCCCGUUUUAUUCUAUCAACAGUUUCUUCUUCCCAAAAAAAAAACUAUCAACAGCUUCACGUUUUCCUCACUCCCUCUCCUAAAUCAUUUCUCCUACACUUCUGACUCUACCUUCCUUAAUUAGCUUCAGUAUUACAUACGGAGUAUUUCUUUUGAAUCCCAAUUUAAAUCCCGAUUUUUUAAUCUCAAAAAAUAAAAAUAAAUUAAUGCUCGCCAUUAAGGAGUAAUUGAAGUGCAGAAUAUACUUCGCCGGAGCCUGAAUUACGAUUUGAGAUGAAUCAGAUGAUGUGUGUGGAUGCGUUAGUGCUAUUUGCCUCUUUUCUGCUGACGUUCACACCGCGCUCGGCGGCGGUGACGGAGCCUCAGCUUCUGGUGAACAUGACGCUGGUUAAAAACGCCUCAGCUACCGGAGCUUAUUGCUUGGACGGAAGUUUGCCGGCGUAUCACUUUGACAGAGGAUUCGGCGCCGGAGCUCAAAAUUGGCUUUUGCAGUUUGAGGGUGGUGGGUGGUGUGACGACAUUAAAACAUGCUUGGACAGAUCUACAUCUAAGCGUGGAUCAACGACUUAUAUGAACAAGUGGGAGGUCUUUUCGGGCAUUCUCAGCAACAAUGCCUCUCUAAACCCUGAUUUUUACAAUUGGAACCGAGUAAAGCUUAGGUAUUGUGAUGGAGCAUCAUUUUCAGGAGAUUCGAAGUUUGAUAACGGGACAGUAUUGCUUUAUUUCAGAGGGCAGAGAAUUUGGCAAGCUAUCAUUCACGAUCUCCUUCCAAAAGGUUUGGGUCAAUCAAGAAAGGCUUUGCUUUCUGGUUGUUCUGCGGGUGGGUUAUCAACUUUUCUGCAUUGUGACAACUUCACCAGUUAUCUACCCAAGACAACAAGUGUCAAAUGCUUGAGUGAUGCUGGAUACUUCCUAGAUGAGAGAGAUAUAAGUCUGAACUAUACAAUGAGAUCUUUCUACCAGAACAUGCUUUUCCUACAUGCAGCAGGACACACCCUCAACAAAAAUUGCACUGAUUCUCUUACCCAUCCUGAACUGUGCAUCUUCCCACAGUACGCAUUACCUUACAUUCAAACACCAUUUUUCAUCUUAAACUCUGCAUAUGAUGUGUAUCAAUUUCAUCACAUACUGGUUCCUCCUUCUGCUGAUUUUGGUGGGCAUUGGAAAGCUUGCAAACUCAAUCCAGCAGCCUGUAGUCAAUUACAAUUGAGAACUUUACAUGGAUUCAGAAGAGACAUGCUCGCAUCUCUCACAGUUUUCUAUUACCACUCGAGAAGAGGAGGAAUGUAUAUAAAUUCAUGUUUUGCUCAUUGUCAAAGUGAGACUCAGGACACAUGGUUUGCAGUUGAUUCUCCCCGUAUAAAAAACAAGACUAUUGCAGAGGCAGUCGGUGACUGGUACUUCAGCAGAAGGGGAAGCAAACUGGUUGAUUGUGCAUAUCCCUGUGAUUCUACUUGCCAUAAUACCAUUGGCUGACAUACACAGAUUCAAUCACAUUCAACCCUGCACACAGAUUUCAUGAAAAGUAAUUGGAGAUGACAAUAAGUUUGUGAUUCUAUAUUGGUUGGCACAGUACAUGAUAACCACUACAAAAAAACUGUCAAUUUGCAGCAAAACCAUUAGUCAUUACAAACUGUCUGUUUGAUAAGAGACCGAUUUGCAGAAACUUGUUACAAGUUCGUCACAAAUUGACAGUUUUUUUGUAGAUAGAAUAUAUGUGCGGUUUAUGAUACUCAUAUGAGAUAGGUUAAGAAUACAAUUAUACAAUUAAGAAAAGAUUUGUCUCAUAAAUAGCAUAGGAUUAGUGAACAAAUUCAUUUUUAGCAACGAAUAAGAGCAGUUUUUUAUUGAUGUAUACACAUAUUAUUGAUUCGCCUCUUAGACAAAUUGAUCUUUCAUUUCAAUGUACACCAAUUUUAUACAAGUAUUUAGCUUCGCCCCUUAGACACC